AUGCGGACAACAACUCCACCUGCCACAGUCAUUCCAUCUGGCUCUCUGAAGUCCCCCCCAUCGUCGCCCCUUCCAACACCUGCACUGGACUCUUCUGCCUUGCGAUACAGCUACGAAAUCGGGCGAGGAGAAACUGGCGUUCUGUCUUUUGAGCCAUACAAAGGCCACAUAUUACCUUACUGGGCGUUUCGCACGGUGCCCGUUGCCCGCAACUCGUCCGAGAUCCUCUGGGCGAUCUUUGAGUCCUAUGUGGAAAGAAAGGACUUUGUCGGUGCAGACAUGACCCGAAAGUUCAUCCAGAUGGGAAUGACGAGAGCGCGAAGAUAUGCAAACCACAAGGGAGGGCGGAAAUAUGCCAAGGACACGGGUGAUAAGCUCGAGAAAUGGGCCGGCGGCAGUGAGGAAGACACUAGGAAGAGGAAGGAGAAGGAGGAGGCAAGUGAGAUUUUCAAAGUGAUGUGGAGGAGGUGCAUUGAAGAUGAACGUUUCAAGUCAUUGAAGAAGGACUGGAUUACGGAGAAGAAGGACUUUGAAAGGUCGAAGCUGAUGGGCCGUAAUGGUAACGCAAAGAGCUAG